AUGGCAACACGACCCAUCCCCUUCAUCCUGUGCGGCCGAAACCCCAACAUCGCAAAAACAGUACGCGAAGGCGUAACACCAAAAUACCACGUCCCCCACACCUUCCUCUCCCUCGAAGAAGCAAAAACAAACAUACCCCCCCUCCUCUCCCCCACCAGCCCCGAUCGGCCCGUGGCAGUCGUGCUCGGCGGCGGCUUCGACGACGCCAUGUUUGCGGAGAUAAAAGAGGCAUGUGAUGCAGCACCAGGGGGGAAGGGAGUGGCGUGGCUACGCACGGAUAUAACGGGUAAGGUGGAGAUGCCUGACAGGAAUGAUGCAGAGGCGUAUGGGAAGGCGAUGGGGAUGAGGUUGAAAGGGGGAUUGGAAAAGCUGGGUGUAGGGGAGGAGGAAGGGGUGAAAGGCGGUGUGCAUUUUUUCUAA